AUGGUCAUUGAUACAGAAGAAGAAUAUGAAUUGGAGCAUAUGAAGGACCUUGAAGAGGAGUCUAAUCAGUCACUCAAACCGUAUCGACCACUUCUUCCUUUCCCAUCUCGUGCCAAUGAAAAUUUGGUGAAACAAGAAAACACGAAGUUCCUUAAGCAUGAUGAAUUUGAAUGCAUGAAGGAAGAAGAGUGGGAGGAAUGGGAGGAGCCUUUACUAAAAGAGCAAUUGGAAAAAGAAGUGAAUUAUUCAAAACCUCCAGUGUCAACGCCAAUGAUGUUUGAGGUGUUUGAUUUUACAAGACCACCAAAUCUAGUAAUAGAGGUGAUUGAAGAACAAGACGUAGAGAGUGAUGAGUCUCAUUUUGACAAGAAAAACCCGAAAAGAAACAAGACAAAAUCUAAAUACACGAGAAUGAGGAAAGAACCCAAGCAGAAACAUAAAGAAGAUGUCAACUCAACAAUGCAAGAAAGUUCAAUAAAGGAAUUCAAUAGAAGAGUUGCUUACAAAUAA